GUGACUCUCGGCCACACCAUUUAUACUUUUUCAAGAUGUCCUUUAAGCCAAUCGACCCAAAACGCGAUGAGAUCCGGCGCUACCUCGAGCGUGGCAGCGUGCUGGACUCGCUCACUAAAAUCUUCAUACGCGUGAUCAAGGAGCGCCCGGAGAAUCCGUUGGAAUACAUCCGGAACAACAUUGGAGUGGUGCGCCACCAGCACGACAAGUACGAGCGCCUGCAGCAGGACCUGCAGAUAGCCAACGAUGAGAUUCAACGCCUGCGUGACAUUAUCAACAGCAUUAAUCCAGACGUGCUCAAGGGUCUCGUACCCGUUGCCCAGGCCAAGGCUCCAGAAUCAUCUGAAUCUCAAGCUGCCGGUGGGGAAGUAAAUGAGCCAGUCGAACAGCAGAAGAACGGAGUACCGGAAGAAGCCGCCCCAGCGGUGCAGGAGCUUUCAGCUGCAGUAGAGACUUGCCAAAUCGAAGAGAAGAAAGAAAACGAGAGUCCAGCAGUGCCAGCUGCAGCUAAUCCCAGCCCAACAUCCGUCCAGAUUGAGGCCAACACUUCCACCGACAAUACCGAGUAGAUCUCACCAUCUCGAAACCAAAACAUCCCAAACAGAUUACACAUAAAUUCAAAAGUGUAAAGUAUUUUCUUAUAAAUAUGUAAAUGUAAAUAAAGCACAGAAGCUAAAGGUA